GGGGCUGUUUCCAGGGCGGCCGCGUUCCACCUCAUGGCACCGUCCUUGCAGGGGACAAAGGCGGUUUGAAACUGGUGCCUGGAGUCCCGCUCCUGCUGCAGCACCUUCCCCCGCCGUCCCCAGAUGCCCUUGCUGGUGCCUACAUAUCCACCGUCCUGGGUUCCUGCAGCCACCGCCCAGCACCCUCCCCCACUCUCCAGCUCUGGCCUGUUUGAGCCAGCAGGCUCCAUUUCUGCACCCUUCCUGCUCUAAAGAACUCUGCCUGCUUGAAGGAGGAAGUGGCCAGCAUUAGGCAGGCGCUAGAUGCACAGCCCCUGACCCUCAGCUCCUGACCCUCAGGCCCUGACCCUCAACUGUCAGCCCCUGGCCCUCAGCCCCUGACCCUCAACCCCUGACCAUCAGGCCCUGACCCUCAACUGUCAGCCCCUGACCCUCAGCCCCUGACCCUCAGGCCCUGACCAUCAACUGUCAGCCUCUGACCCUCAGCCCCUGACCCUCAGCCCCUGGCCCUCAGCACUGACCCUCAGCCCUUGACCCUCAGGCUCCUGACCCUCAGCCCCUGACCGUCAGCCCCUGACCCUCAGGCCCCUGACCGUCAGCCCUUGACCGUCAGCUUCUGACCGUCAGCCCUCAGACCCGCCAAGGACGGCUGGUUCUGCUCAUGCGGUACCUCCCCUCUUGCCCUGGUCCCUACUACCUACUCUACUCCAAGGCUGUCUCACAAAAAGAGGGGCCCUUUCUCCUGAAUUGUAAUGGGGGGCCCACUUCUGUGACGCCCACUGUCCCGUCAGGCGGUGGCCUGGCCUGGAUCCCACUGUCCAUGGCCACCACCUGGCCCCAGGCUGGGCGUGCCAGUGUCCUAACCAGGAUACAGACCUGCCGGGCUGGCCUGGCGGGUGUCACUGCCAGCUUGGCUGGGGCACACCUUUUUGUUCUUUGUCUUGUGGCUUCCAUCUCUGGAUGUGUCCUGAAGACAAGGGUGAAGGGGACACCUCAGGUCACGGCAUCACUCAGCAAGUCAGAGGUUGGAGGACCCCAGCAGGAGGGUGCCUGACAACAGGCGACUGGGUCCCCGGUGACCAGGGCCACUGGGGGCAGGCUGUGCCCCCCGCCCCCCACGCCCUAUGGGUCCUGAGCUGGCAGGAGGCCCAGCCUUGGUUGGCUGUGGGGCAGGUGUUUCCUUCAGCUGCCUGGCAGUUUGCUUGGCAGGUCCUGAGGAGGGGAGGCUGGGAGGGCAGGGGCCUCUCUCCCAGCCUGGAACAGCAGGUUCAGGAAGGAGGCUGAGCUUAACCCUGGCCAUGCCGGCCUGCAACGAACUUCCUUGGGCAAUGCUUGCCUGUUCUGCAGAGGGAACAGUCCCUGGGGGCUCCAACUUCCAUGACACCUUUAGUCUAGAGCCUUGUACGGGGGAUGCUGUGGGAGGCAUGGCUUAUUGUCCUGCUCAGACAGCGGUAGCCAGUAUCCCCCAGACCUUUUCAAGUUGAUGGGGGAAUCCCUUGGGUGCCAGCAGCCCUCCUGACCAGAGCUUUGCCAGGAGCAUGAGCCAGACCCUCCCAGAAGCAGUGGGGAGGGAGGCUGGGUGCAAGCCCAGCACCUGAGCCCUCCUUGGUCCUGUCCUGCCCCUGCUGAAACCCUUAAGCUGGGAGGGAGCUGAGGCCGAGGCUACCUGCUGCCAGCCCUCCGAGGUUGCCAGGCCACUGCACCCACACAGGGCCUGCAGUGCUGCCAACUCUGUUUCACUGUGAGGGACUGCCCCUCAGACCAGGCCAACCCCACUGCUGCCUGUGUCUCCAGCACCUGUUCACCCUACCUGUCCUGUUCCCAGGGCAGGCUGUCCAUGGCUCCCAGAAUCGCAGUGCCCAGGGGCAAGUGAAACACUGGCUUCAGGCACCGUGAGGCCCUGCCCCCCCCCACCCUCACCUCACAGGCCCACUGUGAAGUCAGCAGCUUCCGACAGUUCCGUCAGAGGUGGGCAGUGGCCAAGGCUGGACAUGGCCCCCGGUCUCCGGCCUCGGUCCUGCCUGUGUGGCAGCCCCCUGGGCCUCACAUGUGUCUCCCUUCUGCUCAUUCCUGCUGCAGCGGGAACCUACUGUGAAUGCAGCCUUGGCCUCAGCCGCGAGGCCCUCAUCGCCCUCCUCGUGGUGCUGGCGGGCGUCAGUGCCAGCUGCUUCUGUGCCCUCGUCAUCGUGGCAAUUGGCGUCUUGCGGGCCAAGGGUGAAACAUGCCCGAGACUAGUGAACAACAGGUUGGUGGAGAAUUUUGGGGUCCAGGAAGAUCGCAUGGACCUGCAUCCAGUCUAUGUGGAGUCCCAGCUCUUGGACACUGACCUGGAGGUCUCCGUGAUGCCCCCACUGGAGGAUGAGAGCCUUGUGGCCAUCCCCAUGGAGGCUACUCCAGAGGAGCCGCCGCCACCCCCACCCCUACCACCUGAGUAGGGCUGAGGCAGCCGGAGGAGGGGAAAUAAACCGUAUUUAGUGGUUGUGCACUGUCCUCCCUGCAGGCGCUCACACCCCUCAAGGCUGCAUCGUGGGGGGUGCACUCGUCUAUGGGUCUCACCAAAGUGGGCGCCCAGGCCCACCCCAGGUUCCCUGUUCCUCUGCCCUAGGGCAGGAAACCACACCCCUAAUGUGUUUCUACCUCCUCUGCCACAGCUGGUCAGCCCGGCUCCUCCCUGCACCCCGCUUUUGAAA